GUUUCCAGCCACGCCAGACACCUCCAUCUGUUAUCACAAACUCGUCCUUUCUUCACCAUUGCAGCUUCAUGCGUUGUUAGCGUACCUGUGUUUGAUUUUCCAUUCUUUGCUGCGUUUGCGGACUGCGGAAACGGCAAAUUCACUUGCUUUUGCUGUGCAGACAUCCCCUGGCGCUCGGUGACUGACCCGAAAGGUUGGUGACGACGACGACUCGACAGCACCGCCCGUGGCACCAUUAGACUCGACAUCGACCUGCAGAGGCGACCCGGCUGCUCGACGAGCUUCCAAUAAACACUAGAGGUCACAGACGCUUUAUCAGGCUCAAGUUCAGAUACCACAGCAGAGCAAGAGCACCGCGCCGCUACGAUGUCGCUCUUUGGAACCUCGCCGCCCGGUGACGACGCCGGGCCAACAACCCCGAAACGAUCGCAUACUCGAGGAGGCAGCAGCCUUUUUGACGAUGAACCUUCGCCAGCCGGACACCGAAAGACGGGCUCAUCCGGCGGUAGUGGCCUAUUUGCUGACGAAGGGCCGGCCGGCGACGACUCGCCCUGGGACAUGCCUACUCCGCGUAAGCAGCAGAGUCGAGCAGAGCUGAUUCGCAAGCUUCUACCCUCUGCCGAUGCGCCUGAGAGCUACAUUGAAGUCUUUGAGACGGUUGUGCGUGAAGAUGGCAACGAUGGGCGCGUGUCGUCAGGCGGCAUUGCCAAAGUCUUCGCAAUGGCCCGGCUCGACGCUGAUGCCCAAGCCAGUAUCAUGGCAAUCGUGGCUCCUGGAAACUCUACGGACGCAACACUCGGGCGCAACGAGUUCAAUGUCUUGCUUGCUCUGAUUGGUCUCGCGCAAGAAGGCGAUGUUAUCAGCUUGGAUGGCGUGGAUGAGAGAAGACGCAACUUGCCUCAGCCAAAGCUUUCUGGUAUCACCACCGAAGUGACUCUUCCUCCCAUUACCGAACUUGCUGCUAAAGCACCACAAACACCGAGUAAAUCAGUCCAAUCACCGCCUGAAGCCUCCCGCACCGGGCUACCCAAGACACCGGCUCUUGCUACCAGAGCAAUGGACGAUCCGGAAGACGAUCCCUGGAACACCCCCGAUAUGCACAAAGGCCACAACCAUUCGAUUUCUAAUGGUGUGAAGCCCAGUAAGCCUGUUGAUGCUUACAACGGAUUCACUGCAGCCUCGCCGCCCAAACCGAACCAUACCUUGACCGACGCAUAUAAACCGGCCCUCCCUCCCGCGCCGGCCGAAGAACCUCGAGUCGAACCGCAACAAGCCAGCACCACUCCCAGAGAUCAGGGCGCCUGGGGCUACUUUGGGAACAAUGCUCCCGCUCCUAGCGGCUUUGCUGAUGUUCCAGCAGCUACCGGCAACCCCUUUGGUAGUGAUGGCCCUGGCCCUUCUCCCAGAAUCAACCCGCAGCCUAACCCUCCCACGCGGGUAGUCAGCGGCCGAACUGGCAGCAGCAUUGAAGAGAAUAUUCUUGUGACACUUAUGCCCGGCAAGGAAGGUGUCUUCAUGUUCCAACACCACAACUAUGAGAUUACCAGCAUGCGCCGGGCCUGCAAGGUCAUCCGCCGAUACAGUGACUUUGUAUGGCUACUAGACUGUCUGCAAAAGCGAUAUCCCUUCCGUGUUCUUCCUCUACUACCCCCGAAGCGAGUUGCUGUCAAUGGAAACCACCUAUCUAAUGACGGCUCAUUCAUUGAGAAGCGUCGCCGUGGCUUAGCCCGUUUCUUGGGCGCUCUUGUCAGACAUCCGGUUCUGAGCCAAGAGCAGUUAGUGGUCAUGUUCCUCACUGUUCCUACGGAACUGGCCGUCUGGCGCAAACAAUCCACAAUCUCUGUGCAAGAUGAGUUCACCGACAAGCACAUGCCUCCUGGUCUAGAAGACUCUCUGGCGCCAAAUCUCGAAGACUUGUUUGCCCGAACCCGCGCCGGCGUUCGCCGCUCUGCCGAACUGUAUAUUAACAUUUGUAAUAUCAUGGAUCGCCUGGUGAAGCGCACCGAGGGUGUUGCUGCUGACCAUGCCCGCAUCGCCAUGUCUCUCAUCUCUCUGACAGAGUCUUCUACGGAUACGUAUGCCACUGACACCAACGAGAUCCCGCUCUUGAACGACGGUCUGGUCGCCAUGAGCAAGCAUCUCAGCACUUGCCAGACACUGCUCGAAGACGAGAGCCGCGGUUGGGAACAGGGUGUUCUCGAAGACUUGAAGAGGCAGCGAGACUCGCUCGUCAGCUUGCGUGAGAUGUUUGAUCGCAGAGAGCGACUGGACCGCGACACUAUUCCGCAGCUAGAAAAGCGAAUCCAGGCCAGCGAGACCAAGCUGACGGGUCUGCGCAACAAGCCAGAAGGAACGGUGAAGCCAGGCGAGAUUGAAAAGGUUGCCGAGAGCAUUAUCAAGGACAAGGAGUCCAUUGUGCAGCAGCACAACCGCUCCAUCUUUGUCAAGGAGUGCGUGCGCGACGAACUCAUCACGUUCCAGACUACCCAGUAUCAUAUUAGCCGCUGGAACCAGGACUGGGCUGGCGAGCGCGUCAAGUAUGCCGAGAUGCUUGCGGAUAACUGGCGCAGACUGAUGGACGAGCUUGAGGGCAUGCCUCUGGGCGACUAGUGUUGUGUAUUGAUUUGCAAGGAGUGGUUAUACCAAGCGUCUUUUCUGCGACCCUGUCUCUGUCGUUCUUCAAGUUGAUAUUGUCCUGCUGUCAUUCUACUUGUUUUUUCCCGUCUUGCAGAUUUGUCCCUUGUAGUUGUUUAUGUACGUUUCAUGUAUUCAUAGCAGUAAUCCUAUGCGUCCACCUCUGGCGGCGCCUGAAAGCGAAAAUAUACCAGAAAAUAACAAAAGAAGAAAGAUUACACUAAAAUGAAAGAUAUACCCUCCCAAGCCAACCGAUUUUGAUCUUACCGCGCAAGUACACUUCCAAACCACACAUGUUUAGAGACCGUCCGUCACAGCGCCGUGGCUGGCAUCGCCGACCAACUUGGCAUAUUUAGCUAGAGUUCCACGCCUGACGCGAGGAGGGGGCGCAACCCAGGCUUGUCUGCGAGCCUCCAUUUCCUCGUCGGAGAUGGCGACGUCGAUGCGAUUUGUGACGGCGUCAAUGGUGAUUUCGUCGCCGUUCUUGACAAGAGCAAUAGGGCCACCGACAGCGGCUUCGGGAACCACAUGGCCGACAAUGAAGCCGUGGGAAGCGCCGCUAUAUCUGCCGUCAGUGACUAGAGCAAGGUUGUUCAAGCCAGCACCCAUGAUGGCAGCCGAUGCCUUGAGCUGCUCGGGCAUGCCGGGGCCACCCUUGGGUCCUUCGUAGCGAACAAUAAGAACGAGGUUGCCGUCUUCGCGCUUAAUCUCGCCGCGAGAGAGAGCUUGGUUGAGAUCUUUCUCGGCGUCAAAGACACGGGCCUUGCCUGUAAAUGACAAGCCUUCCUUGCCAGUAAUCUUGGCGACAGCGCCUCCGGGAGCAAAGUUUCCGCGCAGGAUGCGGAUAUGACCGCUGUCCUUGAUGGGAUCCUCGAGAGGACGGAUGAUCUUCUGACCAGGGUCGAGGGCGGGCCAAUCGGCAACGUUUUGUGCAAGAGUCUGGCCUGUGACAGUCAUGAUGUCGCCGUUGAUGAGGCCCUUGGCAAUAAGCAUCUUGAGCACAGAUGGUGUACCGCCGACCUGGUACAGGUCUUCCAUGUAGUACUUUCCAGAGGGGGCCAGGUCAGCAAGAUAGGGUGUACGGUCGGAGGCACGGGCGACAUCGUCAAUGGUGAGGUCGACGCCAGCGGUGUUAGCCAUGGCGAGGAAGUGCAACACACCGUUAGUAGAGCCGCCGAGGAUCAUGGUAAGAACGAGGGCGUUCUCAAAGGCAGCGCGGGUCAUGAGGUCGCGAGGGCGGAUGUCCUUCUCCAUGGUUGUCUUGAUAACUUGUGCGGCUCGCUCGCACUCACGGUUCUUCUCGGGUGACACGGCAGGAUAUGAUGAGGAGCCGGGCAGCGUGAGACCCAUGGCCUCAAUGGCCGUGGCCAUGGUGUUGGCAGUGUACAUGCCACCGCAGGCACCGGCGCCGGGGCAAGCGUGGUGCUCGAUAUCGGAGAGGACGUCGCUGGAGGAGCGGCCUUCGGCGCCAGGGUUGGUCUUUGCUUCGAGACGGCCGUAGGAGUAGGCGCCAGAGGCUUCGUAGCAGGUGGAGAUGUUGAUUUCCUUUUCGAGAAGAGAGGAGUGGCCCUUGCGAAUGGUGCCGCCGUAGAUCAUGAUGAAGGGGCGGUUGUGGCGGGCGGCAGCCAUGACCACGCCGGGCAUGUUCUUAUCACAGCCGGGGAUGGAGAUGUUGGCGUCGUGGUGUUGGGCACAUGUUACACUUUCGAUGGAGUCGGCAAUGAUUUCUCGGGAUUGUAGCGAGAAGCGCAUACCUAUGGAAGAGGUGUUAGCAAUUCAAAAGAAAUACACUGGUAGAAAACGAAACCUGCCUUC